CCUGAGGGGCACAGUGUAGUAAUGGAUAUCCGUGAGGGACCAGGAGAAUUCCAGCAGUGUCUGUGUCACUCUCCUGCCUGUCCCACCACUCUGGGUGCUGGGGUUGUUUUUGUAGGGACCAACCCAGUUAUUCCUUGUUUACAUCCCAGCCCUCACGCACAUCCAGGCACUUCCAUGGGGGGAAGAAGCUGCUCUGAAUGUACCAGUUUUAGUUACUACCCAGAGCUCGAUAAUUAGCUGAGGAACCAGGUGGUGUUAAGUCCAUGUUCAGGCAGCCAGGUGGGUGCCAGCAGCAGUCGGUGUCAUUUGUUGGGGCAGGUGUUGUAAUAAUUACAUUAACUUAACGUCCAGUUAAUAAUUACAUUAAUUUAAUGGGCCCUCUGCAGUGCAGGAGCGGGACAGGAGGGCAGUGGGUGGUGUGUCUCUCCCACCAUUUCUCUCUAUAAAUGCAUCUGUAUUUAAUGUAGCAGAUAACUCCUGGAGUAACUCAUAGGACUGGAUCCCAUCCCAAGCCCAGAUGGACCUUCCUUGUCGUCCACAAACUGAUCUUUGUAGGAACAUUCCCAAAAUUGUGUGUAGUGCUGGCUGGAAAUAUCAGUGUUGCUGUUUGUCUGUGUCACUGCUGAGGGACAGUUGUGUAAGUUGUGGGUGGUGAAACCCCCUGUUCCAGAAUGUUCCAUGAUGGCCCUGUGUGUCAGUUUAGUUCGUGCACUGCUUGAAAAAAUGACUGUCCCAUCUCUAGAGAAGCACUGUGGUUUUUUCUCUCUAAAUGUAUUUGUCCCAGGAAGUUUCACUUGUAUUACAGUUUAUUUUUAUUCCCUACAAAAAUAAACACCUCGCCUUUUUAAAGUAGAUAAAUGGCUGGUCUGUUCAUUGUUUAUUAAGUAACUCAAAGAACAACUUCACACUUGGAAAUGUGAAGUCAAUUAAAGGAUCUUAAGUAAUGAGCUUAUCUAAAAGUGAGUGUGGUACCACUUCCCCUUCCUUUACAGGAGAGAAACUGGGUGGCCUUAUUGGUUUUGGGGGGUGCAGCACUGCCUAGGUUCUUUAAAAACAACCCAAAAAUUAUUACUAAUGAAGCUGUGUUAAAACUUAGUGUCUUCUUUACACUGUGCUACUCUGAUAUUUUUUAAUUAGAUUCUUCUUUAUACAUAAACCUAAAUAUCUUUAGAUAUUAAAGGCAAAUAUCUUCAGUGUUUUCUUUCUCCUGGGAAGCUGUUUGUGCCUCAACCACAGGUGACUCCAGGCUGACUGCAAACCUUCCUGAGGAGCAACCAGAGCUUCUGGCCUCUGAGAGGAGCUUAGUCCAACCUUUGUGGGUGAUCCAGGCUCCAGGUGAAGAGAUUUCCCUGGUGGCUUUUGAGUGAUGAAUCCACAGCCCCACUGCUGAGGGUGUAAUUUUAAAAUGCUGGUUUAUCCCAUUCUUUUUAGUCAUUAAUUCAAAAGUCAAGGUGAGUUGUUACAUUUUCUGAGUGCAGGCAAACUCAGGUGAGGUGGGAGAAUGCUCAGGGAAGAGGGGGAUUCCAGGUGCAAAAAACUUGCCUUCUGUUUAUGAACGAGGUUGGAAUCAAUACUUUACUAACUCAGAGCUGUGCAGCAACAGUGCAACCUACAAUUAAAUCUGCAGAGUGGCGAGGCAUGAGGUGAAAGGAGUUGAUUUGAUAUUUUGAAGGCUUUCCCAAGUGCUUCAGGCUGCCAUUUGCAUUGGGAAAUGCAUGUGGAUGGUUUAAAUCUGUGCCUGGCAGAGCCAUGCAGGCUAUUUUAGUAAUCAAUCUGAAAAUAAGCAUUUGGAGGUUUUUAAUACUCGUGUGGGAGCUGAGCAACAAGGAGGGGACCUGCAGGAGAUGCUGGUCCUGAGCUCUCCAUCCUCACUUGGGGCAGGAUGAGGCUGUGAACCCCCGGAAUAGACCCCAGACCUGUUAUUGAGCCCCUGAUCAAUAUUUCCCACUGCACUGUGCACCUUAAAAAUGGGGAUUUUCUAGCUAUUAAGGCAAAAAAUUAGGCCUGGCUCUUGGGUAUACUCAGUCCCCGGGUGUUUCACAGCCUUUUCUUCCUUCUUGCUAAUUUUAAGUGUUCUUAAUGUUGCCAGUGAAAUCCUUCAUUUACCUUAAUUAGACUUGCCUUACAUUUAAUUGGAUUAUUAGCAUUAACACUGACUACAAUUGAUAAAGCUACAGUUUACAUUUGGGGGAAAUUCAGACGAAAGGUGUGUUAAUUGUAGCUUCCCUUGCCUGCAAACAGGUCCUAGAUUGGAGCGUUCUCCUGGAAAUUGUAUUUUCCUGCUCUUUAGGGGAGUGGAGAGGUGGGGGGGGGAUACAAAACCCAGUAGCCUUUGGAGUAACAACCCUGAGUAAGGGUUAUAGUAAGUGCUAACCCUUAGUAGGGGUUACUGAGUAAUAAGUGAGUUAGUCAGAGCAGGGCAGUGGGGUUGGGAAAAGUCAAAGCUGCUUUAUGAAUCUGAUCUUUUUUGCUCCCUCUCUCUCAACAAAGGACAGAUCUUGAAGCCUGCUCAGCCAUGGGAGAGAAGCAAGGAAUCCAGUAUGAAUGGGAAUCCAUAAAGACAUAUCCAUAAGCAAAAAUCCCCAUGGAUGGAUCUGCAGAUUGUCAGGUGCUGUUCCUGUUGAGGGAUUUCCACCUGGGAGUGUUCCAGGCCAGGCUGGAUAAACUUUGAGGAACCUGGUUUGGUGGAAGGUGGAACUGGAUGGUUUUUAAGGUCCCUUCCAACACAAACCAUCCUGGGAUUCCAGGCUCCAAAAGGGAGCUCCCAGAAGGCUGUGCAAGCAGGGAGCCCAACUCCUGGGGCUCCAAUGCUGCUGAAAUUCCUCAAGGAGGAGAAGAAACAGGUGCUGGAUUCCUCCUUCAUGUCUAACUGUGCAUUUUGGGUGUUAACGCACCAAGUAAAUUGGGAAUUGCCUACAAUGGAGUGGUGGCUGUGCAGGUGUGUGCAGGGAGCCAGGGAAUUCUGUGCGGGUGUCUGUGCCCUCUCCUGGGGAAUACCUGAAUCACAGGGCUGCUGGAGCCACCUCCCGGUUGGGCGGAGAGAAGGUGGCCAGCAGAAUCCACAGGCAUAAGUGCUGGAAUGUGACCGGCUCGGAGGGAAACUCCCAAGCUCAAAGGCUUCACUGCGGUCUGGCAGCGACUCCCAGCUCAAAGUAGCCCCACUCAGUAGCUGCGUUUCUGACCUUGAGGACUGUUAGUAAAUCCUUAAUCCCUGCAAAAUCAUUUAUUUGGCACUGUUUAACUCCAAACUUUUAAAUCAGGAUGCUUAGCAGCCUUAAAUCCAAAAGCUCAUUAGUCUCCUCAGCUGCCUUAAUAACUAUAAUCUCUUUAAUGGAAGCAACUCCGGACAGAAUUUACCUUCCCAAAAAACCUUAUUGACUGGCAUUAAGUACACUUCUGCCUUCUAAUUCUUCCUCAGUGAAGGAAGAGCUGAUAAAGAGUUGCUUUGCUGGAGCCCAGGCCGGGUCAGCCUCUGGCUCAGGGCAGCUGCUCGUGCCAGGAGCUCCUAGAGGGAGAACGGGAUGGGGGUUGCUGAGAGUUUGGGAAAUGGGAGGCUUUGCCCAGCAGUGGGUGCAGGGGCCUUGCCAGAUCCUGUGGCAUCCAGUCUUCCUGAGCUCCAGAUCUUUGCCUUUAUCCUUUACCAUGAAAGCAGCACAUGGGUGACAGACCCCCAAAAAUGAGCCUGAUGGACAUCAACAAAAUCUUCUCCAUGCUCCAGCCCAGGGAUGACGAGCAGGAGGACGAUGGGGAGAGCGAGGAGCUGAGCCGGGCGGUGUCUGAGGACGACUGUGAAACGCUGCAUCGUCUCCUGUCCCAGGACAGGUACAAGAGGCUCAUCAACCGCCGGAGCGGCUGGGGGGUCCCCAGCACCCCCCUGCGCCUGGCAGCCACGCGGGGCUGUGUGCGGAGCCUGCGGGUGCUGCUGGCCCACGGGGCCGAGGUGGACGGCCUGGACGUGAAGGCCCAGACCCCGCUGUUCGUGGCCGUCAGCAACGGCCACCGCGAGUGCGUGGAGGCCCUGCUGGAUGCCGGGGCCAGUCCCGCGGGGAGCAUCUACAACAACUGCUCCCCGCUGCUCCUCGCGGCCAGGGACGGCAACGUGGACAUCCUGCGGCAGCUCCUGGAGCACGGAGCAGAGCCCAACGUCCAGGCCAGGCUGCCCCAGUGGGCGGCCAACUCGGUGUCCUGUUCUGGACCCCUGUACCUGGCGGCCGCCUACGGGCACCUGGAGUGCUUCAGGCUGCUGCUCCUCCACGGGGCUGACCCCGACUACAACUGCACAGAUCAGAGGGUGAUCGCCCAGAUCAAGGAGCCCAAGACCCUGCUGGAGACGUGCCUGAGGCACGGCUGCCAUAGCAAGUUCAUCAAGCUGCUCAUUGACUUUGGAGCCAACGUGUACCUGCCCAACGUGCCCGUGGAUGGGCCAGCACCACGCAGUGAGGGGCUGGAGCUGCUGCUGCAGGCCAGAGCUCAUCCCAAGUCCCUGCUGUCCCAGUCCCGGCUGGCCAUGAGGCGAAUCCUGAAGCAGCCUGGCCACCUGCCCACCCUCAGAGAGCUGGAAAUCCCCACAGUCCUGGCCAACUACCUGCAGCACCAGCCGUGACACACAGCCCGCCUCCAGGGACAGCCACUCUGACAUCUGGGAGUGAAGCUCGGAAAUCUGUGGAACCAACAGGAAUUUGUGUCACAAAGU